AUGUUCUACUCUCAUCAGCUUCUUGCUCGCAAAGCUCCGCUCGGCCAAAUAUGGAUGGCGGCCACUCUACACUCGAAACUCAAUAGGAAAAAGCUUAGUAAACUCAAUAUUAUUAACAUCUGUGAACAAAUCUUAAAUCCAUCAGUCCCGAUGGCUCUGAGGCUCUCUGGAAUUCUCAUGGGUGGAGUAGUCAUUGUUUACGAACGCAAAGUGAAACUCCUCUACGAGGAUGUGACUCGUCUCAUGGUGCAAAUUAAUGAAGCUUGGAAGGUCAAAGCAGCUACCGAUCCUACGUUACUUCCCAAGGGUAAAUCGCAAGCCAAGUAUGCAGCUGUUACUCUGCCAGAGAAUCGGGAGGAAGAACUCCCUGAGAUUGAACAGACGUUACGAAAUCCAGACACAGUCACAAUGAUGGAUUUCGAACAAACCUCAUAUUUCACGAUGCAAGUUUGCAAGUUCAACAAUAGAAAGUUAACAAUGAUAAAGUGGUUUGAUUUCCCUUCGCUUUCUUUUGGUUACUCCAUAUGUUUUGCAAUCUUAUCUGAUACCACUUGGAUUAGAGUAGGAAAUAUUAGUGAAAAUAAGAUCAUAAUUGAUAAUUUCUACAUGAGAGUGCAGCUAAACUCGCGGAUGUUCAAUGUGCAGAGACUAGAUAAUGCUGAUCUCUAUGAUAAACCCAAUGCACAGAAGGAACCUGCCAAGGACUUGCAUCAAGUUGAUCCAGAUAAUAUCACCCUCGCUGAACACUUUGAAUCCCAUCAUACAGAUAUGUUCAAUCAUUUUGAGAGGUACCACGAUGAACAGUUUGAUAUUGAAGGGGAUGAAGAAACACAAAUGAAUUAUACCCAGCCAGAGGAUGCUCAAAUCCCAAGUACUCCUGUGCCAUCUCCACCUCGAGAACAAGCCCAUCAACCUGAUGAGAUCCCUGACAGACAUCCAGAGGACCAAGUGAAGCAACAAUCUGAUGAAGUUGAAGAAGCUUUUGAGCAGCGGCAGGAUCAACAAAGGCCAAAGCCAGCUCGACGAAGAGCAAGAAAGGCCACAGGUCUUGCAAUUGAUCAUGAGCAAACUAUUAUUUCUGGUGACAUAUAUCAAUCCUGGCUUCAGAGUUCUUCAGAUAUUGCAUCAAGAAAAAGGAAAAAGAGAAAGACUUUGAGAGUCUUACAUUCUAUGAAGAUAGCCAGAAUGAUGGAAAUGCCUCCUAUUGCACUACUUGAAGGAUUGUUCACAAAUGGAAAUAAGGAAGUUCACUAUCCAGCACCACUCCUAAAAUUAUGGAUGAGGAAUACCCAACCUCCGCAUGAUUCACCUUCUGGAAAGACCUCUCCACCCUAUCCUCCUGAACCAUCCUAUACAUCUCCAGGUGAAAGGAUGGGUAAUUUGGAACCGCCUUUCGAAUAUUUCCAAAGCGGUGUAGGCUCCCCAGCAGUAGGAAUCUCUAUAGAAAAACAAAGGGCAAAUCUCAACAAUAACAAGAUUCCACCUGAAAUUCUCAUGGAGGACCUCAGAACCAAUCUUACAAACAUGGGACUGCAUCCAACAGUGGCUAAUGGAGUGAAAGAGACUGAUCACAUGGCCACACCUGGCUCUGGUGAUGAGCCUAGAUCCAUUCCAAGCUCAGGAUCUGGUCAUGGUUUACUAUCACAGAAUUCUGUAACCAAUUCAAGCCGGUCCAACAAGAAAAGACCCCAUUCUUCAUCGAAGCACAGUGGCAAUGGUCUUCAACCAGUAGCAGAAGAGAACCCAUGGCACGACCCCACUCCAAAUUUCAAGUUGACUAGAUUAUCUGAACUAUCUGAAAAUGGUUUUACACAAGACAACGAGAUAUUGAUGGAAACCGGACCAACACAAACCCAACAUCCAUUUAUUACUCAACCUCUUGACAUGAUGACUGACUCUAUCAGGAUGCAGCUAAAGAGUCAUUUUGACACUCCCGGAUCAGCCGAAGCAGAAUGUUUGAAUGAACUAACUCUUGGGAUGACAAAGAAACAAGCAGCAUGUCUUUUUUAUCAGACUUGUGUUCUGGCCACUCGAGACUUCAUAAAAGUCGAACAGGAGCUUCCAUAUGGAAACAUCCUCAUUUCCAGAGGUGCAAAGAUGUGACAACGGAUAAAUAGAGAAGA